AUGAAGUUUUUCGCACCUCAAGUCGAAUAUAUGAACAGCCUCUACCCGGGCUUCAAAAAAGCCCAGGCUGCCGGGUCUGCGCAGGUGGCCGGUGGAGACACCCAUCUCGAGGUCUUUUGGAAGGGCAUUAAGGCGCACUUCCUGCAAGAAUGGCCCACGCCGCAAGCGGAACAAGAGGCUGCUAAGCGAGCUUUGCUCGCGUGGAAUGCAGCCAAUCCCAAAAAAAAGAAAACCCUGUCUAAAUCUCUGGCAUCAGAGCGUCCGGUGCUUGAGGGGGAGGCGUUGCGUAAAUGGAGGGAGGAACGUGAAGAGCGCGUAAUGCGGUGGUUUUAUAAUCACGACUCGACCGUGAAGGGCUCUUUCCCUGAACUGAAGGUUGAGCUGGCGGCGCCUCGAGAGUCGAGUGGUCGUGCACUCACCAGGGUCCAGCUCUACUCCAAAGAGUUCUACACUAAGCGCGUCAAGGAGAACGUUGACAAGGCUGUUGCGGCGCAAUCGAAGGCGCCCGAAAAAAAGGAGAUGCUGGACAUCAUCACCAAAGUCACCGCCGACACGUUUGCGAACGAGUCUCCGGAAAUUUUGGCCAGAAUUGACGAGUUGGAGGCGGCGGCUGCGGAGGAACGGCGGAAGACGCGGGAGAUCUUGAAGAACGCGUUUGUGGACGACUACGACCUACGCGUGAAAAAGGAUGAGCCUCCUGAGGUUUACUGCCGUCACAUCAACGCCCUGGACGCAAUCUUUCAGGGGCUCCUCCCUGUUCUGGCGAGGAAGACCGGGUGGAGCUUCAGUGUUAUCUGUGGAGGUCCCGACCCAAUGAAGCCGGACGGUGAGAUCCGUACUCGUUCGUAUCAUGAGGGGAGAAAUAUGGCUGGAGUGGGCUUUAGCAAGGCCCACCCAACCUUCCAGACCUCCUACGUGAACCCGUACUCGGCAUUUCUGCACACGGUCUACCCUGCUGAGGUUCGCCAAUCAAGGGUGUUGAAAUCCGCUCUGGCUGGGCUCAUGACCGUCAUGAACAGGCCGACCGCGGAGGAAGCCUUGUUGGCCGAAGACGCAACAUCGACGUCGAAGCCGCCCGCGGUGGCUGGGGCCGUGUCGACCGACGUUUCAUCACCGCCUGAUGCGCCCCCUGUCGCGAUUGCGGGACCUUCGGGUUCGGGAAACAACACGUCCUUGGGUGUGCACUCGACGGAUACUCCUCCGAUUCCUGUCGUCCUGGGCCCCGUUGCUCCAACGGCCACUGCAGGUACGGAUGGUGUUACUCGUACGCUGGUGCCCGGGACUGCACCCUCGGUACUCGCACCUUCCGGCCACGCUGGAGAUCUGCAGCCGUCGACGGUGCCUGGGGGUGUGUUUGACGACCUUGGGCGACUGAUGGACGAGACUCGAAGAUUGCUGCACCCUGAUAGUGGGGCUGCCGGCGGGGAAGCUGCGCUCGAAGACGGCUUGGGUCAUUUGGCGUUGCGUCUCCAACCUGCCGCUGGCAGCCUCGAGGCAGGAAUGGUGGGGCUCGGAGCGGUUGAUUACAGAGACCUGGCCAGUUUCGGGCGUCAGUCUUGGGGAGGAUUAGAGGAAGAGCGGUAUGCGUACCAGAACUCCUAUAUGCUUCCUUCAACCUUCCCAUCCGCUUCUGGUGCCGCCACUACCCCUUCAGCUCUCGCUAUUCACCCUCCUUCGCAGAUGGCAGCACCUCCCGUCUUCGCUAGCCAUGCACAAAUCCCAAAUCCUCCGAUGGUUCCUUCCCAGGGUUCUUCCCACAUGCCACUGCCCUCUGCUCCCCACAUCGCACCUUCCCUGACGCCGAUGUACGCUCCCCAGGCCACUACCCCUUCCAUGGCGCCAACUCCUCCCCAGACGUCUUUCCCUCGUAUGCCCCCUGCUCCCCUAACGGCACCACCUCCGAGUCAGGCUGCCGGUGCCCAGAACAACGCUCUUCCCACACCUCCACCCCUUCAGACGGUGCUAGUGGACGCGCCACCCCAGCUGCCCGCCGCCCCCAUGUCUCAGGCUAGUCAGGAAACACCAGUCUUGAAUGCGGACCAAUCGCCAGCAGUCCUCGAGGUUCCCGCCACGGGUGCGAAAAGGAAACCUGUUGCCAAUACGGGUCAGGGUCGGGAGAAGAGACAUCGGAGCGCUGCAAUUGGGCUUGAAACCAACUGGGUGACAGCGGUCGCCCAGAAUCUGAAGCAGAGAGUGGACGAUCCGAGGUGGAUUGCAUGUGUUGAUGCCUGGGUUAAAUUUGAGCUGGCGCGAGUGGUGACGACUGGUCGAUUCCCGGUUACCAAGUCCCGUCCCGUGGAGAUUGCUAAAUGGGCUUCAAAGGGCGGAGAACCCGAUGUCGCUCCUCAUAUCGAUGACAUUGUCGAUUUCGGUUCACGCUGGUGCCUGUGGUGGAAUGAGAUACAGCCUGAAUGGAGGAAGAACCCAUGCGGGUGCCUACCUCACAGUUUCGACCCGUCUAGCGCGGUUGCUUCGCUCGCGGUGCUGGAGAAGGCCGGGCCUAAGGGCAUAGGUAUGGCCAUGCAGAGUCUUUCUUGGUGGGCGGGAGGUGAGGAUACGACACGAUGGUGGGCGGCGGUGGAUGACAUUCACAGGUGCUUGGAAUUGUUCAACAAACAUCGUUGA